AUGUAGGUUAGGCGGAAAGACACCAGUCGGAAGUGGCUGUGAUCAAGGUUUUUGUGAUCGCCAUUUUGUGAUGGGAGGAUAUAGCAACAGUUGCUCGCUAAAACCAUAUCUAAGUCACCUAUUAUAGUGUUGUAGCGGUGUCUGGCUUUAAACAACUGCUGUCAAGAAUUUAUGGGAGCUAUUUUGUUGUUAUAAUGCCAUCGUUGUUCGAUCAAAGCGACCCUCGAGAGUCAUGGUAGGCCGACGUUGAUUGCUUUUAAUUCCCCCUUUUAUCGUGCAACGGAGAAUUUCAUUAUACAGCUAAAAGGAGGCAGUAUCAAAUUAUAACGUAUUAACUUUUGCAAAGAUGUUAGCUUCGUUGACUGCAAGCCGUACAUGGCAGCUGAACAUCUUUGUCACCGACAUGAAUAUGUCGAGGUCAGUAGAGGUGAAUGGCCAAACUCAUGUCGGGCAAGUCAUCCUAGACUUGGUGGAAAAACUCGAUGUGGCCACUGACUGGUCGGACCAUGCCAUGUGGCAUCCGGAAAAGAAGCUAUGGCUGCUCAAGCCACGUGUUACACUAGAAGCCUAUGGAGUACUUGGCGAUUGCUCACUACAGUUCACCCCUGUUCAUAAAGUACUGAAGUUGCAAAUGCCCGAUCUGCAAGUUGUCGAUAUGAGGUUGAAUUUUUCAUUUACUGUAUUCCAUGCAAUCAAGGAAUUGUGCAGCGACUUCGGAAUUAGACACCCGGAGGAGAUGUCGCUUUUGAAACCAGCGGAAUUCACCCCUCGACGAAAAGAUAAAGGCAAAUCUACUAAGAAAAAAGAAAGACGAGGAUCGAUGGAGUCAUCGGACACAAAUCUUUCAUCAGGAAGUAUCGAAAAUGGCCGUUUGUCAGCCGAGAGACAAAUAAGUACAGGCAGUGUAGGAAAUCAUGCACCGAGUAGUCCUGGAUCCCCGAAGUCCGUUGUGAGCUACAAGAGCUCAAAUUUCUCCUUCUCUGAACCUGAUAGUCUUAACCCUUACUCGACAUCGCUAUCACCGAUGUUGGCCAACAGCCCGAAUGCACCAAACCAUGAUGCUUUGGAAUACAUGACCCGGCCUAGGACAAUCCAGGAACGAUCCGGAUUAAAUAUAGGUUGGCUUGAUUCCUCGAAAUCUUUGAUGGAACAGGACAUCAAAGAAUUCGACUAUCUGAUCUUCAAGUUCAAGUUUUUUAAUUUCUUUGACAUCAAUCAGAAGAUCGACGAGGUACGAAUCAAUCAAAUUUACGAGCAAGCAAAAUGGCAGAUAUUAACCGAUGAGGUUGAAUGCACCGAGGAGGAGGCUAUCACCUUCGCAGCUCUUCAGUUUCAAGUGAAAGCUGCAUCGCAGUCACCGCAAAGCAACCAGAAUGCGGAUGAAGUUGAUGACAUUGAUGCUGCGUUGAAUGACUUACAGAUGUCUUUAGAAGGAACAACGACAAAAAACCAAGGAUCAAGUAAACCUAGUUUGACUCAAAUCCCAGAAAUGAGUGACACGCUCAACUUAAUUAAGUCAAAGAAGCUGGGAAUGAAAAGUGUGAAGCCUUAUUGGUUUACAUUUAGAGACACCCACAUCAUGUAUCAUAAAAGCCAAGACGAAUGCCGAGGGCCACCGAUCUUGAAAUUCAAUUUGAAAGAUUGCGAAGUGGUGCCACAAGUUAAUGUUGCUAAGAACAAAUUCAACAUAAAGCUGAAGAUACCUGGACCGGAUAUGGUCGAGCUAGAACUCGGCUGCAAUUCCGAUAUCCAAUAUGGCAGAUGGAUGGCUGCGUGCAGGUUGGCUGCCAAAGGAAAAAGCAUGGCUGACCCAACGUAUGAUGUCGAGGUUGCGGGCAUCAAAACCUUUAUAGGUAUGCAGAGAGACAACAAGGAUGAAACUGACAACCCCGCAGUGGACAAUUCAAGCAUUCAGUGUGAAGACUUCGUUCCACCGAGGAUUCUGAAUAAGCUAAAAAGCAAGCAGGUCGCGGCCAGAAUCCUGGAAGCGCAUUCUGGGUUUACAAAAUUGACUUUAUUAGAAGCGAAAAUGAAUUAUGUACGACAAUGGAAAGCUCUGCCGGAGUUCGGAAUCACAAUUUUUAACGUGAAAUUCAAGGGUAUGAGAGCGAAGAGAGCGGAGAUCCUGGGCAUAACGCCGAGUCGUCUUGUAAGGAUGGACCCCACUACGAGAGAUAUCUUGAAAGAAUGGCGGUACAGCGCUAUGAGAUCAUGGAACGUUAACUGGGAAACCAAGGAAAUGAUUAUUCAAUGCGAAGACGAAACAGUCGUGUUUUCAUGCUGCGGCUUCGAUGUUAAAAUCAUUCAUGAAUUUAUUGGUGGUUAUAUUUUCUUGUCAAUGCGAAAGGAUGUCAAUUCACCACCUGAGGAGGAGCUUUUCUUCAAGCUAACAGGAGGCUGGGUGUGAUAAUGAAUUUUCUGUAUCGAGGCUGUUAUGAUGAGCGAAUAUUCGUGGGUUCUGUCAUCGAAUAAAAUGGCUUUCCCGAGUUGAGUUUUCAACUGCAAUGAUAAUAAUUUGAUUAACUAUGUCGCAGUCUCAAAAUUUGCCCUUGAGGACUAGUCAAGAAGUACUGACAGACAGUUCCGAUGCAAUGUAUUGUCGUUUAUAGGGUUGCUUCAACCGCUUUCAUCCUUUCAUUCAACGCGCUUUUUGUGUAAGAAGUAGCAGCUGCUCUUCGAUUAAUGCCAAAUGCCAAAAACAUCUCAGAAUUAACAUGAGAGAGAUUUCAUCGGUAUUUCGAUCAAGGCACAACCUAAUCAUUUUCAGAAAGUCCCCCACCUCCUCCUACCCCCUCGCCGUCUUCCGGCAACCAUUAUAAAUGUCUCUUAGGCACUUAAAAGAAGAAAUACCAACCCAGUUUAUUUGUUUUUCUAAGAAUUGAUUCACCUUUGCCAGUUUUUAGUUAAAAGAUUGAUAAUACUGUGUCCUUGAACGGUGAACAUGUGUUGUGAGUUGAUAUAUCGCCAUUCAAAGCAUCGUUUCCUUCGCUAUAAAUGAGUUUUAUGUAGUCAUCGAAAUAUCAGUGAUUUGUAUCUUAAAAAGUUUGUUGUAACUUAAAUAUAUCAUAUUUUGAAUUAUUGUAUAUAAAUGAUAUAUCCUAACAAACAUUGAUGCAAAAUACUUAAGGCUACCUUUUAUUAAUCAUUUUCGUUUCAUUAUUUUCAACUACUUUUUUACUGCACUGCUUCCUAUCAGUUAACUCUCGACCAUAACAAUAUCUGCAGCCUGAAUGUUAAAUUCAGUACAUUUCAAAUGAAGCAGUAACUGAUUAAAAAGUCAUAAGCGAUAUACAUGUUCGUUACAUAUGCGAUAUAUAUGUGAUUAAUAUGCGAUAUAUAUGCGAUAUAUAUGUGAUUAAAGUGCGAUAUAUAUGCGAUAUAUAUGCAUCCUCAAUGUUAUUCUCCAUUCCCGGACUUUUCGGCUUGUUUGUUUCAAUUUUUUAGAUUUUUCUAUGUUAAGUUUGCUGUUCGCUUUGUUUAUGUUAUUUUUCUUCAGAUGAUUGCAACAACUUAAAAUUGUUGUGACAUUACCCUUCUUAUUUUGAUUAGAUAUAACAUAUAUUUUCUGUAUCAUUGUUCUAUACGCAACUAGAUAGCAAGGAUCUUUUAAAGGAAUACGCCAUUCAAUGCAGGCGUUAAACAAAUUGCUCACGCUAUGUAGGAUGAACAUUGCAAUGUUUGCUUGCGUGUAGCUCACUUUAUCCAUCUAGCGAGACAUCAAGUUAUUGUGGCAUCAAGGACGUCAACGAGUCUUCAAAAAUGACGAUGCUUUUCUUUAGAGUUAAGCAACCAGUGUUGCCAACCACGCUGCAAAGAGCUUCAUGCGUAGUAAUGAUUUUUUAUCACUAGCCAGAAAGUUUUAUUAACCAUUCGAUUUUAUAUUUAGUUAUUUUGACAUAUUUAAUUAGCUGAUUAAACUGAAGUAUUGUGAA